AUGGAAAACUGGCAUCGAUCACACAAUCAGCUGGAACUAUGUGGAUACAGACAAAAAGUUGUAUCCUCCCUUUAUAAGUUGCUUGCGACGGUUUCUAUAUUGGAUGGCAGCUAUACCACAGAUACUACCAAUUGGCCAACUGGUGGAGGUUAUCGCAUCAACAUGGGCAACCCCGAGCGUGCUGAGGAAAUCUAUGCUCAGUCAGAAGAAUUCAUUCUUACGCCGCCAAGCGAUUAA